AUGUCUUCAGAAUGGACGCCUGAUUACCAGAAGGAGGAUAAUGGUGCUCCAGUCUACGAUCAACAGGAGGAGCAGCCUGGUCCAGCAUAUGAGGACAACUCUGCUGAGGUUGUGUUCGAGGAAGGCAGCGAUUCUGGAAGUGGCUGGAAUACUGAUGAAGCAAACGAGAGCUUGUCUGAUAGCUCAUCCUCUAGUGGAUCCUCGUCUUAG